CUUUUAUUAACGGUGAUAGGGCCCAUCCUAAAGCCAACCUUAUCUAUGCUCAAUUAGACUCAUUGACAGCCCGACUUCGUGAGCAUGGAUAUGUGAUGCAGCUGUAGAACUUGGUUCCUGUUGAACUCAGCAUGUUUCCUCUCUUGUCCUUCUCAUCUAUCAAGGAAGAAAAGGAUUUUGAUUUCUCAAUCAUGGCUUGCGUUUUCACAAUUAGUGUGGUACUCGUAAAUGUGAUUUUGAUCUUGAUUCGCCUGCUCUAUGUUCUGUGCCGAACCGGCAAACCCCUCAACACCAGAGGCUCACCGGGCUCAGCACCACCAUCCCUUAGUACACUGAUUAUAUUAGGCUCAGGAGGUCACACUGCAGAGAUGCUCAACCUGUUAUCGGUGCUGCAAAAGGACAGAUUCUACCCCAGGUUCUACAUUGCUGCUGCUACUGACAAUAUGAGUCUUCAGAAAGCUCACUUGUUAGAAGAGACUGAGGGCAAGGUGGAAGGGAUUAUAGGCUCACGGUUCAUGCAGAUCUAUCGAAGUAGGGAAGUGGGUCAAUCUUAUAUAACCUCUGUUUUGACAACUUCGAUUGCUAUUGGUCAUGCGCUUUGGCUAAUGCUAAGAAUCAGACCUCAAGUGAUUCUAUGCAAUGGGCCUGGGACUUGUGUUCCCCUUUGUGUAAUUGCAUUCUUAUUCAAGGUUGUGGGGAUUAGAUGGUCAUCUGUGUUUUACAUUGAGAGCAUAGCAAGAGUACAAAGGCUUUCCCUAAGUGGCUUGCUUCUUUACAAAUUGCGCAUAGCUGAUCAGUUCUUUGUCCAAUGGCCGCAGCUACAGAGAAAAUAUCCUCGAGCUCACUAUCUUGGCUGUCUCAUGUAGUCGCUUUGACCUCCAAUAUAGUCAACAUGCCACAAGUUUUUACCUACUGCAAGUGAUUCAACUUCGCUGACAACUCGGAAUUAAACUUCAUACUGACGAAAACGUUUUAUAUCCAGUUAUCCACCCAGGAGAACUGGGUCACAACUAGUUUACUGCUGGUAACAGUUAUUGUCCAAUACUGAUUUGUGUCAAUUGUAAUAUCACAGUGAUGCCAUUUUGAAUAGCUAAAACUAGGCAUUGCUGGCCUUUAAUUGUAAGGGGUUGAUUUCAACAGAAGAUUCAAAUCCUUUAAGGUUCCAAAGAAGAGAAAUGCUGCAACAAAUAAAUUAUAUACUUUGAAUAUGAUGAACAGUAUUUUCAGUUGAC